UGGAGGACUCAGCCAGAGACAAGACGCGGGACGGCGGUGCUAGGGAGCGUCAUUCAUCCCUUACACUAUUUCCCUCAAUAAUUUACAUGUGAUCUCGAACCCAAAUUGAGUUUGUUGUUUUUUUUAAUGUCGAGUGUGUAAACUGUCACGUUUGUGGGAUAAAAGAACCAAGAAUUUAUCCUUAUAUAGAGAGAUUAUGACCUAGUUUAAUGGUCUCAUAUUUCUGCACCUUGGGAGCUGCCGCUGGUGAGGCUGACCAGCGGGUGAAGAAGAUGAUGGGUGUCCGGGGGAAGGUGUCAGCCGAGUGGAAGAAGAGGGUCAAGUCAGAGUACACGCGGCUCAGGUCACUCAAGAGAUUCAAACGUGCCGACGAAAUCAAGGCCGCGUGGAAUGACAAUCGAGCCAAGUUAACUGACUUGUUAGAGCAAGAGGAUCAGACAGUGAUUGGGAUGGGACCUGUGUGGGUGUGUUCUGUGGAGGCUCCUCCCCACCAGGCAGUGAUGAGACGCACCCACAUAACUUCCUCUAGUGGAGAACCCCUCUCUGUCCCUAUUAAGACCAUCAAUGCUGUCAACCCCAUCCCUACCAUGUAUACUUGGGCACCUCUCCAACAGAACUUUAUGGUUGAAGAUGAAACUGUUCUUCACAAUAUUCCAUACAUGGGUGAUGAAGUCCUGGACCAAGAUGGUAAAUUUAUUGAGGAACUGAUCCGCAACUAUGAUGGCAAGGUUCAUGGUGACCGAGAGACUGGCUUUAUAGACGAUGAAAUAUUUGUUGAGCUUGUUGACACUCUGGUGCAACAGUAUCAGAAAAAAGAGAUGGGAAAGGACAAAAGUGAUAGGAGAAGUAUUGGGAGGAAGGAGACCAAGACAAAAGAUAAAGAAGAUGAUGAAGAAGAAGAGGAAGAGGAGGAGGAGGAAGAAGAAGAACAAGACGACGAAGAAGAAAAUAAUUCACGAAAUAAAGAGGAUGAAAGUUGGGAUGGUUCAAGCACUUCAGGGACCAAAGACUUCCCAUGUGCCUCCAUCUUCCAGGCUGUGUCUGCUCUUCCUGAUAAAGGUCUCCCAGAAGAACCUAGGAAAAGAUAUAUAGAACUAACUGACCCAACGGCACUUCCGCCUGAAUGUACUCCUAACAUCGAUGGGCCAAAUGCUGAGAGUGUCCCUCAGGAACAAACAAUGCACUCCUUCCACACACUCUUUUGCAGACGAUGCUUCAAAUACGACUGUUUUCUGCAACCCACCAAGGGAAGCACAGACGCCCCAGGGCUGCAGCCACCAUCCCUGGGGCAGCAGCCACCAUCCAUAGGUCUGCAACCACCAUCCUUGGGGCUGCAACCACAACACAGCCUCGCUACAUCCCACCCUCGGCCACAUGGUGGAAAAAGGAAGAGUCCAGAACUGCGGGCUCUGUCUGAUCCAUGUUCCCCGUUCUGCUAUUUACAUCUGCCUGAUGCCAAAGAAAAAAUGGUUGCAACAGCAUCCUCCUGUUCUACUGAUAAGUUGAGGGAUGACAAUGAAUCGUCAAACGAUGCCAAACCUCGAAAAAUCCGAAAGCAUGCUUCAGUUGACUCUGGCAAUGAAGCGAGCUCGGAGGACAGUAAUGACAGCAUGAGGAUGAGCGGCCGCAAGACUGACAAAACCAACUCAGGAUGUGUUGAUUUCGAAUGUAAAACAUCUGUGCUGUCAAUGAACACCAAUGGUACCCUAGGCACCAUCCACAGUAAGAGAGUUGUGGGUACAGAUUCAGAUGUUGUACGCACAAACAACAAAUAUGUUUAUACCAAACCCAUCACCCUUGAUAGUCUAGCAGCCAAAUUAAUGGAUACAACAGAUCCCUGCAACCUUGGAACAUGGCUGGGCUCAGAAGCUUCCAUGUUCCGAGUGUUACACAAAGUGUUCCUCAACAACUACUGUGCCAUUUCACAGGCUAUCUUUACCAAGACUUGUCAGCAGGUAUACUACUUUGCACAAAAAGAGGCAACAGACUUACCGACAGAUGCCAGCGUGAAGGACAACACUCCACCACGCAAGAAGAAGAAGAAACACCGCCUUUGGUCAAUGCAUUGUAGGAAAAUUCAGCUGAAGAAAGACUCUUCAAGCAACCAUGUGUACAACUACUCUCCGUGUGAUCAUCCCAACCAACCCUGUGACCAGAACUGUGCUUGUGUCAUGACACAAAACUUCUGUGAAAAGUUUUGUAACUGUAGUCCUGACUGUCAGAAUCGUUUUCCCGGUUGUCGAUGUAAGGCUUCCUGCAACACCAAACAGUGUCCGUGUUUCCUGGCUGUGCGGGAGUGUGAUCCUGAUCUGUGUGUGACGUGUGGAGCCCAUGAAUUUUCUAUCAAUAAAAUUACCUGCAAGAAUGUUUCAGUUCAGCGGGGAUUACACAAACACCUCCUUAUGGCACCGUCAGAUGUAGCCGGCUGGGGGAUAUACCUCAAAGAUUCAGCACAAAAAAACGAGUUUAUCUCAGAAUACUGUGGUGAAAUAAUCUCCCAGGAUGAAGCCGACCGCCGUGGUAAAGUGUACGACAAAUACAUGUGUUCCUUCCUCUUCAACCUUAAUAAUGACUUUGUGGUGGAUGCAACUCGUAAGGGAAAUAAAAUUAGAUUUGCUAAUCACUCAAUAAAUCCCAACUGCUAUGCUAAAGUGAUGAUGGUGAAUGGUGACCAUCGUAUUGGUAUCUUUGCUAAGAGGCACAUCCAAUCUGGCGAAGAACUCUUCUUUGAUUACAGAUAUGGACCAACAGAACAACUUAAGUUUGUUGGGAUUGAGAGAGAGAUGGAAUUUCUGUAAAUAGGACAAUCAGAAGCACACGCCAAUAAUUUUAACUUUCAUGGAGAUUUUUGUAGAAACUGCCAGCAACCAUUAUGAACAACAUGAGUAUUAUGAUGGCCUGUUAACACUAAAGUACAGUACAAUAUAAACAUACCAUAGUAACUUAACAUACAGGUAUUAAUUGUUCCCCAGCCAGGACUUAAUUUAUUUCCACCAUAGUUAAUAUUAUGUUACUUUACAUUUAUUCCUUGUAUUAUUUGCAUGAUUACUGUUAAUUAAUUUAUAUUUUUGACAUGUACAUAAAUGUUUGUUUGAUAUGCCAGUGGUUUAAGUGAUUGUAUGCUAAGACAUGAGACCGGUGUAGUGUAUAGCAACACAUGAGUCCUGUGUAGUGUAUAGCAACACAUGAGUCCUGUGUAGCGUAUAGCAAACACAUAGAGACCUGUGUAGUGUAUAGCAACACAUGAGACCUGUUUAGUGUAUAGCAUCACAUGAGUCCUGUGUAGUGUAUAACAACACAUGAGACCUGUGUAGUGUAUAGCAACACAUGAGUCUUGUGUAGUGUAUAGCAACACAUGAGACCGGUGUAGUGUAUAGCAACACAUGAGACCUGUGUAGUGUAUAGCAACACAUAUGAGUCCUGUGUAGUGUAUAGCAACACAUGAGACCUGUGUAGUGUAUAGCAACACGAGUCCUGUGUAGUGUAUAGCAACACAUAUGAGUCCUGUGUAGUGUAUAGCAACACAUGAGACCUGUGUAGUGUAUAGCAACACGAGUCCUGUGUAGUGUAUAGCA